UCAGUUUACCGGAGCGAGUGAAUCGAUUCGGACGCGGUUUAUCCCGAUCGUUGUGAUUUCACAGUGUAGAAGCGUUGGGCAUUUCAACCGGUUGAAAUCCGUUUCAAAUUUCUCUCGGUUUGCAAUCCAGAAGGUUGCUCGCGUCAGAGCACAAGUGCACCCACAGGAAUUCAGCGAAGAUGAGUGGAUCGAUCGAUAAUGGAUAGCGAGAUGAUCCGGUGUGCGGUUUCCGGUCCAUGUUAAAUGGCCCGGCUGUGGGAGAAUCGGUAGUUCAGAAGCAUUUUGCGACGCGACGUGUGCGUCAGUCAUUAAAGUGAUUGGUCAACUCCCUCACCGGGGUGCGUACUCUAAUCCAGUUCGGAGUUUUUUUUUUCAUUUUCGAAGGACGGGAAGUGGGUGUUCAAGUGUGCUAAAAUAAGAGAAUAAAAAGUUAUAGCUAACCACCAAACUAGCAUAAGUUGGUGUUCAGUGUCCAAGUAACAGAAGCAUAAAAACGUAGAAAAACGAAUCCAGAUCCAAAACGAUACAGUUUAGUGAGUCAGCACGAUUCAAAAAGCUGAAGUGCGAGUUUGAUCUUAGAAGGUAAAUAGCAAAUAGCAUGGUUCAACACGAUCAAAGAGCAAAUUUUAUUCAACGCAGCAUGAUGAGAAGUGAAUUUAGAAAGAGUUGAACAAAAAGUGUAGAUGGUUUAUUCGUUGCGAAAAAUGUGAUAAUUCUCUGUGGAAUAAUACAAAUAUAUCAGUUUUUUGUGAAACAGUUUAGAGGUGGCCAAACAAAAUGAAAGGCGCCAGAGAUGUUGUAGCAAAAGUUAUCAGAUGAUCGUUAAUUGGAAAAUAGAAGAACUUUCUCGAGCACUUUUUAUAGAAAAGGCGUAAACAUGUAUACCAGCAGCGGUGCUGUAGUGCGAUUCAGCGUUGUUCUUUGGAUUACGGUCACAAUUCAAGUGUUGCGCGGUGCGCAAACAGACUCCAAGCACCAAGGUUUAUUCACACAUCAUCUGGCGAAUGCACUGCUUGUGGUUCCGCGGAAGGUUAACAUUCGAGGAGAGCUAAUCUCGCACCAGUUAACACAUCAUCACCAUCAUCAUCAUAAUCAUCGGAAUGAUGAUUAUCAAUCACAACAAUUUGAUGGAAGCGACGCGAAAGAACCUCAUCGUCGGAUACGGCGAAGUGUUGCUGGUGAAGGCGAUGAAAAAGUACACUAUCAUAUCGAUGUUGAGGAUCAGACGUUGCACUUGGAACUAGAGCCUUCGACGGGAUCAUUCGUAGCGCCAUUAAUGGUAGUGGAGCGCCACCGACGAGAUCUACGCACCCGAUCACGUCCCAAGAAGCACGUCAACAGCUGUCACUACCAAGGACACAUCCGAGGUCAUGAGCAGUCCCGAGUGGCCCUGUCCGCUUGCCACGGAUUGACUGGCUUUUUGCGGACUAACAAGACGGAAUAUUUCAUAGAACCGUCGAACAACCAUUCACCUUCCGAUAAGUAUGGUUUUCCUCAUGUCCUCUUCAAGCGAGCUGAUGUUAAGGAAAUAAGGGAUAUUCGCUCAAAGUCAGCCAAGAAAAAGAAGAAGAAACGAAAGCGCCGGCAUGCAAGCAAUUGCGGCACCAAGGAGCCCCGUCGAGUAACCGAAACUCGCCUGGAAUGGCAACACCAGGGAAAGGUUAUCGUGCAGGGUGGACGGAAAAGCCGCGAUUUUCCGGCGACGGUGGCUUUGAGUUCCGAUGUUGGUCCUGCUUCCGGGUCCAAGCGACGCAUCAAGCGAUCGAUCAGCACUCCUCGCCAUGUGGAAGCCCUGGUCGUGGCCGACCAUUCGAUGGCACAGUUUCACCAGGACGCCGAUCUACAGCAGUAUCUGCUGACGAUCAUGAACAUGGUUUCGUCACUCUACCGCGAUCCCACCAUCGGCAACUCGGUCCAGGUGACCGUGGUUCGAAUUAUCAUACUCGAAGAGGAGGAAUCGCACGCAGAUUUCAAUGUGACGCACAUAGCGGCCAAUACGUUGGAGAAUUUCUGCCGGUGGCAGCGAAGCUUAAAUCCCAAAGACGAGAAUGAUCCACACCAUCAUGAUGUAGCAAUUUUAGUCACGAGAAAGAAUAUUUGUUCGACUCAUGGAUGUUCUACCCUGGGUGUCGCCAACGUGGGCGGCAUGUGCCGUCCGGACAAGUCAUGCAGCGUCAACGAGGACAACGGGAUCACCCUGGCGCAUACGAUUUCCCACGAGCUCGGCCACAAUUUUGGAAUGUAUCACGACACGGCGAAGACAGGCUGCGAUCACCGGAUAGGACCCAUCUUGCAUAUAAUGACACCCAGCUUCGAGGCGGACACCAUGCAGGUGUCCUGGUCCAACUGCAGCCGACGGGAUAUUACACAUUUCUUGGAUCUCGGCCUUGGCAAAUGCCUCGAAGAUCCUCCGAGUGAGCAGGAAACGUACAGCUACCCAGACCUUCCACCGGGUGCCAUGUACAAUGCUGACUUUCAGUGCCGCCUGCAGUUCAAUUCAACGGACGAAGAAAUGACGGUUUGCUCCAAGCUGGAUGAAAUCUGCGUUCAGCUGUGGUGCCUGGUGGACGAGGUCUGCAUGACCAUGAUGCGACCCGCCGCUCCCGGAACCCACUGUGGUAAGCGGAAGUGGUGCCAAAAUCAGCAGUGCGUAGACGUCGAAGAUCCUCCGCCACCAGUCGACGGAGGCUGGGGCGAGUGGAAUGCGUGGAGUGAGUGCUCUCGAGACUGUGGCGGUGGAGUCGCCAAACAGACACGCGAGUGCGACCACCCGUCACCGGCGAAUGGUGGGCUGUUUUGCACAGGAGAACGUGCUCGGUAUAAGACUUGCAGCACCGAUCCUUGCCCAAAGGAGAUCCCAUCAUUCCGAGCACAGCAGUGCUCAGAACAUGAUAACGACACGGUAAAAGGCGAAAAGUACACGUGGCUACCGUACUUUGAUAGAAAUGAACCAUGUGAACUGUACUGUACAAAUUCGGAGGACACCAUAAUCGUUCCGUUCGGUGAUACGGCAGCCGAUGGAACACCCUGCAAUCUGGGAACCAACGAUAUGUGUAUUGCCGGCAUCUGUCGAAAGGUGGGUUGCGAUUGGGUCGUCGAUUCCAACACCACCGAAGAUCAGUGUGGCGUUUGCGGUGGCAACGGGGACAGCUGCACGGUUAUUCGGGGAAACUUCACCAAAAAGGUCAACAUGAGCGAAGGUUAUUACGACGUGUUACAAAUACCAGCCGGAGCCAGAAAUAUCCUGGUGGAAGAGGUAAACCCGUCGAAGAACUUUAUCGGGGUGGGACGAGUCAAUGGGAAGGAUUACUAUUUGAAUGGCAAUAGAUUCAUCCAAAUACCAGGCGAGUACGAAAUGGCUGGCAGUCUUGGACUGUAUGAACGAGAAGAUGAACAGGAACGAGUCAAGAUUCCGGGACCGAUCACUGAUGAUAUUACCAUAUCGGUUAUUAUGAAGAAGAAAAACAACCAUGCAGGCAUCCGUUACGAGUACACGCUUUCAUCCAACGCUACCAUUAGUCAUUCGCCAUAUUACUGGAAGCUAACCGAUUGGAACCUUUGUUCGGUAACCUGUGGUGGUGGUAAGCAGCAUCGAGAGGUGAUAUGCUACCAGCGCGGAGAAGGCAUCGUCGAUGAUAGUUUCUGCGAGCAGAAUGCGCAUAACAAACGUCACGAGCGGUUGGCACGCGAUUGCAAUGAAGAUCCCUGCCCUGCCAAUUGGUGGGUCGGUCCAUGGCAACUGUGUUCAGUAACGUGCCGUAAGCCGGGAACCUGGAGCUGUGCGGAAGCGUUAUAUUAUGCAUUGAUUCCAGUAUGAACGCUCUGCCUGAUGGCCGGUGCGAG